AUGUUGAACUUCUCUGGACAAACAAAACGUCGCAAUGUCAAUCUAGGAAGCAAAACAAGUCGGUCGAAACAAGAGCUUUUGAAUGAUGCCAAAAAAGAGCGGGAAAAAAGGGCCUUAAACAAGCGAAACGAGAAUAGUGCUACAAAGCUUCAACAACAUAUUCGUGGAUAUCUCAGUAACAAAAGGUUGAUUGGGCAGCUUGCACAAUGCGUAACUCCCGAACGGGCUACGCAGCUGCUAGUGGCAUAUCCAGCGAUGCUUUUGCAAUUCUUACCAGAAAGUGUGCUUCUAAAUAUCUUGGGAAAGCUGGUAAACAACGGCAGUCGUACCGCCAUAAAUUUGAGUUUGACGAAGCUGAUCGCUUGUUUGGGGGCGAAAACCUAUUCAGAGGAUCUCUUUAUUACAGUUUGGGCCAAGUAUGCAAACGAAUUUCCACCGAAACCUACUUUUGUGGAUGCUAUACUUAAGAUGCUCACUGAGGCCCCAUACGAAAUUCCGGAAAGGGCCUUAAAAAAAUUGGUAGAGUUGAUGGGUGGUCUAGGCGUUUCUCAAACAGAUAUGGUCUCGCUGGUUUUCGGAAUAUCAAUUGAUGCAGCGAGAAAUCCUGAAAACAUUAAGCGGUUCUUAUUAUAUUUGGGCUCUCUAACGUCCCCAAGGAAUAUCUCGACCGAGGUGGCCACUCCAGAGCUAAUUGAAAAUCUAGCAUACCUGUUCGUGUCAUUAGACGGCGUCAAGCGUUCCGUUUACGGCCACAUCAUCUUGCGAUGUUUGAAGAAUAUGGACGAAAAUAGCAUGAUCGGGAAGACUUUCUACAAGCAGCUCUAUACAAAAGAGUUCGUGGACACAAUUUUGCACACCCACUCUGCAAUAAUCUUCGAGGAACUCUCCUACUUCAUCGGUCACGCUCCAAAUGUGGACUGCAAAAAUAACGUUUUGAUUAGUUUGGUGGCCAAGCCAGAAUUCAUGAUUCAGGCCCACAUGACAGUCUUUGGAGGAGCCGGCCAAAAACAGACACCAAAAUCUGAGGGACUUCUACUCUUGGAGGUACUGAACAUUUACCUUUCUGUGGCCAGUGACUUCGAGCUCGUCCACAACAAAGACUCCUAUCCAUUAGAAUUGCUGAAAGAAACGACCGAAUAUCUCAGAAACCUAUGUUUUGAGAGCAUGUGGCAAAACAACGAUCAGAGCUCUGCCCUUCCGCAUUGCUAUUUGAAUACCCUAAAGAAAAUCCAUUUGCGUGACUCUAGACUUCAUUUCUUCCCGCGAACCGAGACUUCUGAUUACUGGAGUGUCUCUGACACAGAGUUUGUGAAUGUCAACAUCACGAAAUACAUUGAAGAUUACGAGCGAUUUUACCGUGAACACGCUGAUAAGCUGGAAGCAGAGGAUGAAGAUGUGGAAGACCUCGAGCUUUUCGAGAAAAAACGCGACCUCCGAUACGACUUCCUUUCUGCUGCUGAAAAAACAUUUGUGAACAGCGCAACUACAAGACAAUUCAAGAAACUCAACAUCCUUUUCCGGGCACCUUUUUACAUUCCUUUUCAACAAAGAGUCGAUUGGCUGUAUUUUCUCAUCGCACUGGAUCACAAAUACCUCGAGAUAGACUCUAACAGCCUUUCAGCAAUGUUCUCCUUUUGGAGUGCGAAUCCAAUGGCCUCAAAGCAAACAGCCACCAUCUCUCGAGAAAAUCUCUUGGAAGAUGCGUUCGAGGCCUUCAACCCUAUUGGUGAAAGUUUCAAAUCAAAGCUGUCUGUGGCCUUUGUGAAUGAGUUUGGUCCUGAGGCAGGAAUUGAUGGUGGGGGAAUCACAAAAGAAUUCUUGACAAGUGUUUCCGACGAAGGGUUCAAAACUGACAAGCACAAAUUAUUUGAAGGAAACGAGAACCAUGAGAUUUAUCCAUCUGGGAACUUAAACUCGGCGCAAAGUUUAAGAUACAUGUGGUUUUUGGGUAAAGUCCUUGGCAAGUGCCUCUAUGAUCACGUCCUGAUAGAUGUGACUUUUGCCGACUUCUUUUUGAAGAAACUGUUGAAUGUAAAUAAUUCCAAUUCUUCAUUCGAUGAUUUGUCGAGCCUAGACUCGACGCUGUAUUCUAACCUUGUGAAGCUGCUAAACAUGACUCCUUGGGACUUGCAAUCUUUGGGUUUGAGAUUUGAGGUCACCGACGAGGAAACUCUGCAAACCGUCGAGCUCGUUCCCAAUGGUUCUCAAAAAGCCGUGGACAAGUCCAACACGCUACAAUAUCUACUGGCGACAGCAGAUUACAAGAUGAAUCGAAAACUACGUCUUGGAACUCGCGCCUUCACAGGUGGUCUUUACACCAUGAUUCCACCGCACUGGCUCGAAAUGUUCAACUCUAUCGAGCUGCAAAUGCUGAUAUCAGGUGGUGGUAAAGAUAUCGACCUUGCUGACCUGCGAAAACACACCGAAUACGGUGAGUUUUCCGACGAUGACCAAACAGUCCAAGACUUCUGGGCAAUAAUGGCCGAAUUCGGGCCUGAAGACCGGCUAAACCUUGUCAAGUUUGUCACAUCCGUUCCCAGAGCACCUCUACAGGGUUUUGGCUCGCUGAAUCCUUUGUUUGGAAUACGCAAUGCUGGUCACGACGUCUCACGGCUUCCUACUGCGUCGACAUGCGUAAAUCUACUCAAAUUACCAAACUAUCAAAACCGCGAGCUACUCAAAAAUAAACUACUCUACGCGAUAAAUGCUGAAGCCCGCUUUGACCUCUCUUGA